UGCAUUAUUUUUGAACUGGCCCCCAGGGUCCUGUGUUUAGCCCUGCCUCUUUUUUUUUCUUGGAUUCAGCCUGUGUGGAUUUUUCCUUCUCCCACCAGCUCCACGGCCACAUCUGAACACUUACACCACCAUCACUGCUUUUCAAACUGGUUGACUUGUUCCCUCAAGGGCACAGGAUGUCACUGCCAUUUUAUCAGAAACUCCAUAAGCACUAUGAUUACAGCUAUCGCAACAAGGACCUUCGUACCACCGUGAGCCACUACCAGCAGGACAAGAAAAGGUCUGCCAUCUAUACCCAUGGCUCCACAGCAUACAGCAGCCGCUCCUCUGCUGCACACCGCCAGGAAUCCGAGGCCUUCCGCCAGGCGUCCUCCCAGCAGCAGGCCACCCUCACAUCCGCAGUCAGUCGGGAGGCAGCCUCAACCUGUGAUCACAGUUACUCCCAUGGACUUACAGAUUCCAGUGUGAUGUUAGGAGAUUAUUCAUCCAAGUUGAGUCUCCAAACAAAGAGAGCCAAGAAGAGCCUUCUGUCUGGGGAGGAGAAGGAAAAUCUGCCAAGUGACUAUAUGGUGCCCAUUUUCUCAGGACGCCAAGUACAUGUCAGCGGAAUUACAGACACAGAAGAAGAAAGAAUUAAAGAAGCUGCUGCUUAUCUAGCCCAAAGGAAUCUUCUUGCUAGUGAAGAAGGAAUCACAGUGUCCAAACAGUCCACAGCGUCCAAACAAUCCACAGUGUCCAAACAGUCCAUGGCGUCCAAACAGUCCACAGUGUCCAAACAGUCCACGGUAUCCAAACAGUCCACGGCAUCCAAACAGUCCACGGUAUCCAAACAGUCUGUGUCCACUCUUCAUCAGGAGGAAGCUUUUGAGAAGAAAUCAAGGAAAGUUGCAAUUCGAGAAAAGGCUGAACACCUGUCACUGAGAAAAACUUUAGAAGAAACUGACGCCUAUCAUAGGAAGUUGAAUGAAGAUCAUCUUCUCCAUGCUCCUGAGUUUGUCAUUAAACCCCGUUCCCACACUGUUUGGGAGAAAGAAAAAGUAACAUUACACUGCUCUGUAUCUGGCUGGCCAGAACCUCGUCUCACAUGGUACAAAAACCAGGUUCCAAUAAACGUCCAUGCACACCCCGGAAAGUAUGUUAUUGAAAGUCGAUAUGGAAUGCACACUUUGGAAAUUCAUGCAUGUGAUUUUGAGGAUACUGCUCAGUAUCGGGCCUCAGCAAUGAACGUCCAAGGAGAGCUCUCAGCAUAUGCUUCAGUUGUAGUGAAGAGAUAUAAGGGAGAGUUUGAUGAGACUCACUUCCGUACUGGCACUUCCACCUUGCCCUUCAGCUUUGCUGUGACCCCUUAUGGUUAUGCAUCCAAGUUUGAGAUCCACUUUGAUGACAAGUUUGAUGUGUCUUUUGGGAGAGAGGGCGAGACGAUGAGUCUAGGCUGCCGCAUAGUUAUCACUCCUGAAAUCAAACGUUUCCAGCCAGAGGUCCAGUGGUACAGAGAUGGUGAACCUGUUUCUCCGUCAAAGUGGGUGCAGACACAUUGGAGUGGAGAUCGGGCAACACUGACUUUUUCUCAUCUCAACAAAGAAGAUGAAGGUCUCUACACAAUCCGUGUACGGAUGGGAGAAUAUUAUGAACAAUACAGUGCUUACGUUUUUGUUCGAGAUGCUGAUGCGGAAAUUGAAGGAGCCCCAGCCUCUCCCUUGGAUGUGGUGUGCCUGGAUGCCAAUAAAGAUUAUAUCAUCAUCUCUUGGAAACAGCCAGCUGUGGAUGGAGGGAGUCCUAUUCUGGGAUAUUUUAUUGACAAAUGUGAGGUGGGCACAGAUAACUGGUCUCAAUGCAAUGACAUACCUGUGAAGUUUGCUCGUUUUCCAGUCACUGGAUUGAUAGAAGGUCGUUCUUAUAUAUUCCGAGUUCGAGCUGUGAAUAAAACUGGAAUAGGUCUACCAUCUCGAGUUUCUGAGCCUGUGGCUGCUCUGGAUCCAGCCGAGAAAGCUAGACUUAAAAGUCGCCCUUCAGCACCUUGGACUGGACAGAUCAUUGUCACUGAAGAGGAACCUAGAGAGGGUAUUAUUCCUGGGCCCCCCACAGAACUCUCUGUCACUGAGGCCACCCGGAGCUAUGUGGUGCUAAGCUGGAAGCCCCCUGGCCAGCGUGGACAUGAGGGUAUUUUGUACUUUGUGGAAAAGUGCGAUGCAGAAACAGAAAACUGGCAGCGGGUGAACACGGAGCUCCCUGUGAAGUCCCCCCGCUUUGCCCUGUUCGAUUUGGCUGAGGGGAAAUCCUACCGUUUCCGCGUCCGCUGUUCUAAUUCAGCAGGAGUUGGAGAGCCUUCAGAGGCAACGGAAGUGACCGUGGUUGGAGACAAACUUGAUAUUCCCAAGGCCCCGGGCAAAAUCAUUCCAAGUAGAAAUACAGACACGUCAGUGGUAGUUACGUGGGAAGAAUCCAAAGAUGCUAAAGAGCUGGUUGGCUACUACAUAGAGUCAAGCGUCCUCGGCUCCGGCAAGUGGGAGCCCUGCAACAACCGCCCUGUGCAGGGCCCACGAUUUACUUGUCAUGGAUUGGCCACUGGUCAGAGUUAUAUUUUCCGAGUCAGAGCAGUUAAUGCAGCUGGACUUAGUGAAUACUCACAGGAUUCAGAAGCGAUUGAAGUAAAAGCUGCCAUUGCGGCACCAUCUCCACCCUAUGAUAUCACUUGUCUUGAGAGUUUUCGUGACUCAAUGGUUCUUGGAUGGAAGCAACCAGAUAAGACUAGCGGGGUUGAAAUUACUGGCUAUUAUGUGAACUAUCGUGAGGUAAUUGAUGGGGUACCAGGAAGAUGGAGAGAAGCCAACAUCAAAGCUGUCAGCAAUGAGGCAUAUAAGGUCAGCAACUUGAAGGAGAACUUGGUGUAUCAGUUCCAGGUGGCAGCCAUGAACAUUGCUGGGCUGGGUGAGCCCUCAGCAGUAAGCGAAUGCUUCAAGUGUGAAGAGUGGACCAUUGCUGUUCCAGGACCACCGCACAGCCUCAAGUACAGUGAAGUCAGGAAAACUUCCCUAGUUCUGCAGUGGAAACCUCCCAUCCACUCUGGACGGACUCCAGUCACUGGUUACUUUGUGGACAUGAAGGAGGCCAGUGCCAGGGAUGAUCAGUGGCGAGGACUCAAUGAAUCAGCUAUUAAAAACAAAUACCUGAAGGUGCGUGGCCUCAAGGAGGGUGUCAGCUACGUGUUCCGUGUCCGAGCCAUAAACCAGGUGGGCGUCGGCAAGCCAUCAGAACUUGCUGGGCCUGUUGUAGCAGAAACCCGUCCAGGAACCAAAGAGGUGGUUGUAAAUGUGGAUGAUGAUGGAGUAAUUUCAUUGAACUUUGAAUGUGAUCGGAUGGCUCCAAAUUCUGAGUUUACCUGGUCUAAGGAUUAUGUGCCCACUGAGGACUCUCCACGAUUAGAUGUUGAAAGCAAAGGCAGCAAGACAAAGAUGACCUUCAAAGACCUCGGGACAGAAGACGUGGGCAUUUACUCCUGUGACGUAACAGACACUGAUGGAGGAAUAUCAUCGAGCUACUUGAUAGAUGAGGAAGAGUUGAAACGUUUACUUGCUCUCAGCCAAGAACACAAAUUCCCAACUGUCCCAGUUAAAUCAGAGUUGGCAGUUGAAAUUUUGGAGAAAGGCCAGGUCCGGUUUUGGAUGCAGGCUGAGAAGCUCUCUGGCAACGCCAAAGUCAGCUACAUAUUUAAUGACAAGGAAAUUUUUGAAGGGCCGAAAUAUAAGAUGCAUAUUGACCGAAACACUGGUAUAAUUGAAAUGUUCAUGGAAAAGCUACAGGAUGAGGAUGAGGGAACAUAUACUUUCCAGAUUCAGGAUGGGAGAGCAACUGGCCAUUCUACUCUUGUUCUCAUUGGAGAUGUUUAUAAAAAGCUCCAGAAAGAAGCUGAAUUCCAGCGGCAAGAAUGGAUCAAGAAACAAGGUCCGCAUUUUGCUGAGCAUUUGAGCUGGGAAGUGACUGGUGAAUGUAAUGUACUAUUGAAAUGCAAGGUGGCAAAUAUUAAGAAGGAGACUCAUAUUGUGUGGUACAAAGAUGAGAGGGAGAUAUCAGUGGAUGAGAAGCAUGACUUUAAGGAUGGCAUAUGUACCCUGCUUAUAACAGAGUUUUCGAGAAAAGAUGCUGGGAUUUAUGAAGUUAUCCUGAAAGAUGACAGAGGAAAAGAUAAGAGCAGAUUGAAACUUGUGGAUGAAGCCUUUAAAGAACUGAUGAGCGAAGUAUGUAAAAUGAUAGCUUUGUCUGCUACAGACCUGAAAAUCAAGAGCACAGCUGAGGGUAUCCGGCUGUACUCUUUUGUUACUUACUACCUAGAGGAUCUGAAAGUUAACUGGUCCCACAAUGGGACUCCUGUUAAAUACACAGACAGAGUUAAGAGUGCAGUCACCGGGGAGCAGAUAUGGCUGCAAAUCAAUGAGCCCACCCCAAAUGACAAAGGAAAAUAUGUAAUGGAGCUCUUUGAUGGCAAAACAGGACACCAGAAGACAGUGGAUCUUUCUGGACAAGCAUAUGAUGAAGCCUUUGCUGAAUUUCAGAGAUUAAAACAAGCUGCUGUUGCCGAGAAAAAUCGUGCCCGCGUGGUCGGCGGUCUCCCUGAUGUGGUCACCAUCCAGGAGGGCAAGGCACUUAAUCUCACUUGCAUCGUGUGGGGCGACCCAACUCCAGAGGUCUCAUGGCUGAAGAAUGAGAAGCCCCUGGCUUCAGAUAGCCACUGCAGUCUCAAGUUCGAGUCCGGCAAGACUGCCUACUUGAGCAUCAGCGGCGUGAGCACCUUCGACUCCGGCAAAUACGGGCUGGUUGUGAAGAACAAGUACGGCUCAGAGAUAAGCGACUUCACUAUCAGUGUGUUCAUACCGGAGGAAGAGGCGAGAAUGACCUCUGAGAAGGCACAGCCAGGCACCAAGAAGUCCAAGUGACCAGGGUCACUGGGAGGGCGUGUGAGAGGAGCCACACUGAGCUGCCUCGGGCACCUGUGUGCAUCUGGUUUGGGGGAAGUGCAGGGACAUCUUCAUGCUUUCCACUCCCUAUUUUUGUGUUGGCAUGGGGAAAUACUGUGAAAUCUUUUAUUCAUAUAGAAAAGCACCAACUAACAACAUUUUAAUAGUUUUUCUUUAUCUACGAAUUAUGUGUUAAGAAAAUAACACUGGUAGCACAAAUAUUAGGAAACAGUUUUAAGGAAAAGACCAGAAUAAAGUUACAGGGAUGUUGAAUGAUGGUCAGAGAGCAGAUGGAUGUGCUGGAGCAGUUUGGGCUUGGCUAGACCCUUACCAGUAAUCUCGUGGGUUGCAGUCAUUCUUCAGCACCUGGUGCAGAUGGAGACAAGGUGUUAAGCGAAGCAGUAUAUUCUGUGUGUUGUUACCAUAGUGAUGUGCGUCUGUUGGCAGCCUGUGAUUUGGGGCCUCCUUGGCAUUAAUAAACAGUCCUCACACCUCUCCUCUUCC